UGAAGCCAAGACCUCCACCUUGAAGCACUAACUACACUAUCCGCCGCCAUUGUUUCUGCUCUUGCGUAGAGUGUCUCUCCAACUGAGCAACCCGAAUCCUGACUGACUUUUUCGUUUGAUCGCGCGCGAAAUAAUAGAGGCGGCAAGCAGCAACACUGGCGGCCGGUGCGCUUACGCUCGCCCCCUGGAUUUCAGCUUUGGCCCUUGGUCUUCUGAAGUGGCGCUUCACUUUAUCAUCGUUCGGCCUUUCAGGAAACGCCUGGCUGGUAAUCCGAAGCUGGCAGCUGGCAGCUGCGGCGGCAAGUGGUGACAACAACAACACAUUGCCCGUCAGCUUCAGCCGCACUGCCAAGCGUGCGCAGCUAGAUCAUAUCGGCCAAGCACUCGUGCUAUAACUUGUGGGUAUUAAUGGCUCGGAAAUUGCCGGGUUUCCGGCCAGCACGGCUACUCUAGCUGGCCGAGACUUGCCACCCGAUUCAAGACGGAUCUGAUCAAGACGAUUCUGCUUCCCGUGGCCCAUGAACUCUCUACAGUACAACUGACAAGUGCGGCGGCCUUGGUUUCUUCGAGCGUACAGUGUCUUCCGACGUCCCACCGCCGACAUCCUUUCGUCGUUCUUGUAGCUCUCCCGUCGCCGUGCCUUCUCUAGCAAGCGACCCCAGUGUUUAAGAGGAGUUAUUAUGGCCGCUCCGCUUUCAGCACGGCAACUUGGGACGCCACCUUGUCAUCACGCCACGUCAUCACCGCCUUAUCGUGCCAUGUCAGCUUACCCGAAGUCACCAUUCAGUAGCCAUCGUGUAUCAGUCACGAAUGGUGCAAGCAAUAUACCACACUCGUUAUUAACAAGGGGUACGUUUAGCCGAUGGUCUCAACCCUAUCCCCGCUUUAAGACGUUGCGUAACACGAGGACGUCGCUCUCCGUUAAGUCAAGGACGUUAAGGUUUCGGUGCAAGGCUGGCUCUGGCAGCUCGAACGGGAAUAAUAAUCCGGACGACAGGAAUAGUUCGCGAAAUAGCAGCGGGAACGGCCAAGAGGGAAACGUCCGGGGAGAUAGCGACAGCAAGAGAGGGAAAGAUGGUGACGUGUCGAGAGAGCAGCAGGCGGAGGGGCUUAUUAUUGAAGAAAGACGCGCGAAUGCGUCGAUAAGGAGGUAUCGAGUCACCCGGUCUGAAGGUGCUGUACACGUGGCAGAACCCCCUUCCUCCAUCCCCCCUGCUGUUACUUCUGCCAAUGGUGCUGCUGGUGGCUCUAACGAGGGUGACCGUAACGGAGGCAGAAGCGAGCCUGCCCGAAGCGGCCAAUUUGACUCGCUGGUCCAGUCAGCAAAGAAUUUCUUCCUGCCCGCUGGAUACCCUGACAGCCUUACCAGUGACUACACAACGUAUAUGCUCUGGCAGUUCCCGGUGCACAUAACGGGGUGGGCGUCAUCCACCCUCGUCACCUCCACGCUGCUACAAGCCGUGGGAGUGGGAUCCCUUGUUAAAGGUGGGGCUACUGCAGCUGCUGGCGCUGCCGCUGUUUCUGGUGCUGCUGCUACUGCUGGUGCUACUGGUGCCGCUGCUGCUGGUGCUGCUUCUGGUGCUGCCACUGCUGGUGCUGCAGGUGCAGUGGCAGCAGGAGCAGCAGCAGGAGCAGCAGUAGGUGCAACCGUAGCAGCAGGAGCAGCAACCAUAGCCACCACAGCAGCAGCCGCUCUCCCGGCAGUAGACCCUGCCUCAGCUGCCGCCGCCACCGCAGCCAUCAAAUGGGUGGCAAAGGACGGCAUAGGUGCGGUCGGCCGCCUGCUAGUGGGCGGCCGGUUCGGCGCCAUCUUCGACGAGGACCCGAAGCAGUGGAGGUUCGUCGCGGACCUGAUAGGCUCGGCCGGGGCCAUCUUCGAGCUCGCCACUCCCCUCGCGCCGAACCACUUCCUCCUCCUAGCCUCCCUAGGCAACCUCACGAAAGCAGUAGCCAAGGGGCUGAAAGACCCUUCGGCUAGGGUUAUCCAAACGCACUUCGCCCUUUCAGCGAACUUAGGGGAGGUAGUGGCGAAGGAGGAGGUGUACAAGGUGAUGGCGCAGCUGGCAGGGCUCGGGUGUGGUGUGCUGCUGCUGAGCUCGCCCUACAUUGCCGAGUCGUAUUGGAGCCUCGUCUCCACGUGGGCUGUGCUGCGCUCGUCCCAUCUGGCCCUCCGAUUCAAGUCGCUUUCCGUCCUUGAGUUUGAUUCCCUCAGUUUCAAGCGCACGGCUAUUCUGGCCAGAGCGCACGUGGCAGGGGCGCCAACGCUACCCUCCGUCCAGGCAGCGAACCGAGAGGAGCGCCUAUGGCUGCCCCGCCGGCUCACCUCCCCCAGCAUUCGCCUCGGCUGCUCCCUUGCUGACAUGUCGGCCCUGCUGGAGCGACAGUCGGCCAAUCGAAUGGCGCUCCCAGACCUCCUGGCACUGUACCGGGAGGAGCAGCAUGUGCUUCUAAUGGAUGAUAACGGAGCAUUCUCGGUUAUUUUCAAGCAAGGAGCAUCGAAGGGGUCAGUUCUGAGGGUUGUGUGGCAGGCCUGCUGGCUGCAGCAGCAGCAGAAACAGCAGCAGCGGCAGAGGCAGCAGGUGCUGCCAAGUGGGGUUUCCCAGGAGCAUGGGGAAUACCAAGAGGAAGAGCAGCACAGAGACAGGAGGAGACAGCACUGGGGAGAUGGGGAGAAGGAGGCCAGCGGUAGCAGCAGCAGCAGCAGCGGUGGUGGCAGCAGUGGUAGCAGCCUUCUAAAAGCGUCUCUGGACGCAUUAGCCAGCGAGUUCGAGGGGUUUCUUGCCAUGGCUGCCGCUGCUGGGUGGGACACCAACACGCUGGUGGCGAAGGUGCCUCUCUCCGCCCCCUUGCUAAUCCUUCAACCCCAAGGAAUCGACUGUGAGGCGCCGGAGGAGCAGCCAGAUAGGCGGCUUACAGCUGCUGCUCCCAGAUAGUGAGUGGGGGAGAGCAUUUGGCUUCUCAGUGACCUUUUGAGUUGGCUCAGAAGUCAGAUAAACGGCUUUUUGCCGGGGAGAAGCCAGCCAGAUAGGCGCAUUGCAGCUGCUGCUCCCAGAUAGUGAGUGCGGGAUAGCAGUUGGCCUUCUGAAAGUGCCUCUAGACGCUCUAGGCAGCGAGUUUGAAGGGUUUCUUGCCAUGGCUGCCGCUGCUGGGUGGGACACCAACACACCGGUGGCUAAGGACGUAUUCCUUCCAUCAAGGAUCAGGAUUAGCAUUCCUGAUCCUGGUUCCUGAUCCUGCCGUUUUGCAGCCUGUAGAUCAGCAACCGAGGUGCUUGUCGCAAAGUGCUGCCACAUGUGCAGACACGCGACACAAUGCGACAUGCAGUUGGUGUUGAAUCUGUAAUAAUUUGACAGGUGUUGCAGGAGACUGAGUAUAGAAUCUGCAAAUAUGAACACUUGGGAAACCUCAAGUGUUAGCCUAGGAUCUUUACUGGAAUGCUAGACUAGUAAGACAGCGGAAGUCUUAGAACUUGUAAGUGUUGACCAUAAUUUGCUGAAGAACAACUUCAG